CGUUGGUGUUCUGACCUUAUUUCAAGAGCAUGACGACAAGACGCUAAGAUCAUCAACUUUAAAUUUUUGUUCAUUUUUGAGAAUUUAUUAAAUAUGUCAGCCAACAAGUUACUGGAAGAUGCAAACAGAUUGUGGAAGAUGUUAGAUGAAAUGUCAGAGAAUGAUCCAGCUGGUUAUCGGAAGUUUAUCAACAGUCAAAUGGCGAGUUUUCAUAAAAGCAUGUCUCCACCAAUUGUACGGUUUGUUGUUAAACUUACCCAAACGGAAAAGAAACAGCCUUUGAUUGUCAAUUUUUGUGAAUGGUCAGCUGUCCCAGAGCCUAAAUCCCCUGAUAGCCCAGUUCCGGUUAAAUGUGGUGAUGCAUUUAUCAUAAAUGAAGUUGACGCCAUCACUUUGGCUUUUAAUCCAACAGUAUUUGUUGACCAUAGUUUCAAUGAAUCUUUGACUGAUAGUCAUACAGACAACCAAUGUCUAGUUUAUUCUCAAAUGGAACAUGAUAAUGAUCGCUAUCAACUUAUUUGGCUUGGAUUGAAUUAUUUAGAGAAAGAAAAAUUCUUACCUACAAUUGAAUCAAAUAGUGUUACUCAUUCAGAUGUUCCAAUGCGGCCAAAACUACUGAGACAGUCAAAUGCAUAUGGAAGUAAAGAACAAGUGUACAGGUCAGUAGGCUUUUUAAAAGAGUCAUUUAUAAAACAAGAUGUAGAAAUGAAUCAUCAAGUUAACUCCAUUUCCACUAUGACUUUGGAAACUUUAACGAAAUUGAAAAAUGCUGGAGAGAGUAAUCAUGAUGAUAUUGAUUCAUAUGCAAUUCAAUCUCUCAUGCUGCCAUCGGAAAAAUCUAACAUCUCUAAUUCUUCCACCCAGUCAAAUGAUAAAAUUCUAAUCGAGGAGAUAAACGACAUUUCAAUGAAUAUGGGGAGUUCUCAGCAACAGGAAGCAAAAUAUAUUUCAUGGUCAGCUGAAGUAAUACCAUUUAAUCUUUCUGAACAUUUGAACAAAUUGAAACUGAUAUUUAAGCUACCCGGUUUACAAUCAGGAAACAAUGUGAUGUUAAUUUAACCAAAGUAUGCAGAAAAAUAAUUUUCCCUUGUUGAAAAUCGAAUCCUACUAAAAGUAGUAGAUACAUCAGUCGCAUUUCAACCAUUGGAUCUUCGGCUUCCUUGUAACAUAGAUGUUGAUUCCGCUGAAGCGAAAUUUAAUUUAAAGAAAGGAAAACUGAUUAUUUUUGUCUCAAUACUUUCAUCUUCUUAAUAAUUUUAUCUGUUAACUGUCAUGCAAUAUUUAAAUGAUACUCUCUUAAUAAUGAUUCAAACAUUUUCAAACAUAAGUGUACUGACAUAUGAAAGAAAAGAUGUUAUGAUGUUGCCUGAGUGAAGUUUUCAAUCAGUGUAUUUUCGUCAUCAUAGUUAUCCCACAGUUAUCCUUGUUUUAUAUUUGUCAGUAUUGCAUAUACAGUGACUAUGAG